UCUUGUCAAAGGUUGCUAGACUAGUAAGCAUUUCUUAUUCAGGAUGCAUCGAUCUUAUCAGCCAAUCUUACCAUGUGGUAAUAAGUAUUUGCAGCAGAAAUGGGACAAAACCUACUAUGAUGAGCAUAAGAAAAAGGUCCAGGAGGCCAGGCCUAUGGUUGACACCAAUAGCCCUCACACAUACGCCCAUCUUAAUCUGAAACUGAAGAAACUAAAGCUAGAAGAAGAACGCUUGUCAGUUAUAGAAAGAGAUAAUCGAUUGCUUCUUGAGAAAAUGUCAACAAUCAUGAGAACCAAAGGGAUGGUUGAUAACCACAAUGAUUAUGAAGCCAAAAGCUUAAACAAGGAAAAACGCGAACAAGAACUGUUGAAAAUAUCCAGGGAGAAUCAAUCCAUCCUGGGUAGGAUUUCAAAGAGUGAGCCUCAAUAUAAAGUUGAAAAAUGGCAGGAAGACUGGUUAAAAGCAGAAAAAUAUAUGGACAGCAUUGCCAAAUAUCCACGGGGCUGGUAUAUUACACCGCAGGAGAAGAUGUCUAAAGGAAAAAAGAAAAAAUUACCAAAAGAAAGUAUUACUAAAAAAGACAAAAGCUCUAAAGAAGCAAAAGAGACAAGAGACAAGGGGGAAAUAGAUGAUAAAUCUAAAAAUAAAACAGAAGACGCAAACAAAACUCAAACUGAGGAUAUUAAGGCAGACAAAGUUCAAGAGACACAUAGCAAGAAUGAGAACAAGGUCACAAAUACAAGUCAAUCCCAGGCAGUAAGCAGCAAAAAGGAAGAAAAGGCUAAAGAUGAUGACAAUGAUGGUGAACUUGAGUGGAUUGAAGCUCAGGAAGAUGAAAAUCCAGGAAAUGAUUCUGACAAGGAUUACAGCUCUGACACCUCAGGAGGUCCAGACAGUGAAGAGGAAACAGAGGAACUGGAAGCUCACGAAGAUGCAGAGACAGCAAAUAUAGAAUAG